AUGUUCCUGAACGGCCAGCAACACUCGCAGCUGCCGCGGUGUUGGCUGUUCGAGCCCGACGAUGAUGGCACCUGUGACAAGCUCACAAAGGCGCUGGGUAGCUGCAGCAGCAGCGAUCUGCAGCAGAAGUGCUGCUCUCUUGCGUCGGUGUUGGCGGCUCGCCGCUGCCACUGCCGGCUGGGAGUCCCUCGGCAGGCAAAGGCCCAGCUGGAGCAUGUGCAGCACCAGUGCAUAAGCGCGCACCAUGCAAUCGUGGAGCAGCAGAUCUUCAAUCAGUCACCGGCCGGCGCUGACGGAGAAGCACCCGGCAGCUCCGUGGCAGUUGCCGUGAAGCCGGGGCGGAAAGUCGCGCCCGGCAGCUGGGCGGACAUUGCCAAGGCGCCCGAGAGAGGGGACACCUCGGUAGACGGGGUGGCAGAGGCGGAGAGUGUAUCCGGCGCAGAGGGGCUCGAGGCGAGCACAGAAGGGGAUGAUGGGCUGCAGGGGGAGCCAACAUACUCAACAUUUGGGAGUCUGGGCGGUAGCGCCUCAUCGGCGGCGGCAGGGCCGGUGAAGCUGUUUGUGGGCGUGCUGACGGCGGGCAAGAAUGCCGAUAGGAGGGCCGCCAUCAGGGCAUCUUGGGGGUCUGAUCGGCGCCUGCACCGGGUGAUGUUCUUUUCGGCCAAGCCGGUGGACGAGGCGGUGUUUGACGAGCUGAGGAGGGAGGCUGCGCAGAAGGGGGACAUCGUGGUGCUGCCGCAGAUCUUUGAGCACUACGACAACAUCACCCACCAGACGCUGGAGAUCCUGCGAGCCGCCUCCAUGGACCCUUUGGCCACGCACGCACUCAAGGUGGACGAUGACAGCUAUGUGCAUGUGGACACGCUGAUGGCAGUGAUGGCGAGGGUGCCUCGGAGGCGGCUGUUCAUGGGGCACAUAGACCGCGAGUCUGGGGGUCCCCACAGGGAGCCCUCCAGCCAGUGGUAUGUGACCAAGGAGGAGUGGCCCACAGAGUCCUACCCCUACUGGGCGCAUGGGGCCGGCUACGUGCUGUCCAAGGAUCUGGUGAGGGAGGUGGCUUCGGGGGCUGCGCUGAAGACAAACAACCACCGCAUAUUCAAGCUGGAGGAUGUGGCGAUGGGGUCCUGGAUAGAGUACAUUGCAAAGGAGAAGGGCUGGGCUGUGCAGUAUGUCAGCCACACCGGGUUCAACUUCAUGGGCUGCAACCCGACUGAUGUGGUCUCACACUACAUCAAGCCGGACCAGGCCAGGUGUAUCCAUGAGCACGAGGACAAGACCUGCUGCUCGCAGAUGGGCCGGCGGCGGCGCAGUCGCAGCAAGAGCCAUUUCCUGUCUUUCUUCCUGUGA